UCUAGGUUUAGGUCAGCCCCAUAGUACAGCAAGAUGCAGAAGAGUUACGAUGAGAUCCAGCCACAGCCGACCUCGCUGCGGUUCUUCACGCUAUUUGUGGUGCUCUCUCAGAUCCUGGGGGUACUGGUGGUGGUGAUGGUCGGGGUAUGGAUGGGUCACUUCCAUGGGGGGUUUGGCUGGAUGGAGAACCCUGGGCUAGAGUUUAACUACCACCCCCUGUUCAUGGUCCUAGGGCUGGUGUUCCUGUAUGGAGAUGCCAUGUUAGCUUACCGCGUCUUCCGCUACGAGAGGAAGCUGUACAUCAAGAUAGUUCACACCUGCCUUCACGCAGGAGCCAUCAUAUUUGCGGCCGUGGGACUGAAGGCCGUGUUCGACUCUCACAAUCUCGCUAAACCCAAACCCAUCCCCAAUCUGUACAGCUGGCAUGCCUGGAUGGGUCUGGCCACUGUGAUCCUCUUUGCCAGUCAGUUUGUCUUUGGCUUUGUAAGCUACCUGUGGCCCAAGCUGAGCCAGAAUGCGCGAGAAUUGUACAUGCCUCUUCACCGUUUCUGGGGAAUGGCGAUAUACGUCAUGGCUAUAGCCACAGCCUUCAUGGGGAUGAUAGAAAAAAUUGGAUUUAUUGGUUUGACGUCCAGUCUCCAGGACCCUGAGCGACUACUGACCAACAUGCUGGGACUGGCCUUGCUGUGUCUGGGUCUGGUGGUCAUCUACGUGGUCAGUCACCCAGACUACAAGAGACAACCACUGGCCGAGGAGCAGACACUACAGCUCCAGGAAUACCAAGAAUAAGGGAUCAUUCCCAGCCCCUAUCGUACUAACUGUGGAUGGAUCUGUCUCCAAGGGGAUUCUCUUUAAAUUGCAAUCAACUUAAGGGGCUGAGAUGUCUGGCACUCCUACUGCUGCUUGGGGGGUAAUUAAUUAUCAUUUAACAGCUCCAGUAGGCGUGCUUAAGCUAAAAGCAAUUUAGCUAGAUCCCCUUGGAGAUGGAUCGAUCCUGUUAGAUCAAUCUAGGCAUGGGAAUCCAGUCGUCCAAGAGUUGGUCUCAGUGAUAGUGGUUUCCCAUGUUUUCCAACUGUGCUAACAGCUUGACAUGCUUGGUGUUGUGUUCUGGUGUUGUUAAAAACAAGAUUGUCAAAGGCAUGUUAAGUUUUCCAGAGCACUUAGAUAAUUUCAGUAGAAAAGAUGUGCUUUCUACAGUGUUUACAGUUACAUUCGUCACUUGUUUAACAAUUUUUUUCGACUCUUAUUCCUCCCUAACUGCAAGUGAAUCCAGGAUCACAGCAGGGGGAUGGAGAGUUAAUCACAAGUUUAUGGAUGGGAACUCAUAAAUACAAAAUUUGAGAGGUACUUUUUAAUGUGUUUAUGUGGCUUCCUACAGUGUAUAGAUGUAAAUCAGGAUUCGCAUGUGUUUCAGCUGGUGCUCAUAUACAUACAGCACAUAUUGGAGGCAUGUAAUGAAUGAUACACUGGUUUUGAAACAAUUUACAACACAGAAAUUAUCUCUUGCUGUAUUUGAUCUUUGUGGAGCUCACUUUUUGGUUGGUGGAGUCGUGGCAUUCAUUCAUAAAAAUUAGGUCAGUCUAAUUAAAAUUAUUAUUAAAAGACAGAAGGUUACUGUUAGUAAUGGUUAACAUCUGAGGACAAGUGCUGCUAAAAAUUUGCACACUACUUAACAUUUAUCCUCGCUAAAGUUAGAUUAAUAUUUUUAGGCAAGAAUUAUUGAAAAAGACUAACCUUUGACUUGGGUUUUGAGUCAAGAUGUUCCAAGUUGCUGUGAACUGACAGGACUUAGUGACGCACAUUGUAACACAGUGGUAAACUGAAGAAUCUCAUAUAUUUGAGCAAAGCAUUAGAACCUGUAUUCUGUGUAUAGCGUUUGAAAUCAUAUCAGCUUUGGUUGAAACAUUUGAGAGAAGAAAAACUGUGUGAAGUUGCCCUUCAGAAAGAACAGGCAAUUCUUCUUGUUUUUAAGAGAAACUGUUGUAAUGAUAACUAUGUAUAAUUCUGAUAUUGGAACUUACAUUGAGCAACUGACUGAAGUUCCAUUCUUAACCCGAGACUUUCCACUAGGAAAAUGGCAUGGAUGGACUGGUCACCUGAUCUACUGGUACUGUCACAUGACUGGCAAUCGUCUCCAGUGCCCCUUCCCAUGUGUGUGAGAAGUAAAACCUGGGGCCUUCUUUUCUGUUGAGUAUUGGGUUUUCCAUUGCUCCCAGAUAGCCUCUUUGAUGCCAUGUUUGCUCCAGUUUUCCUCCAGAUCAAGAAUGGGGAAAUCCUUUUCAUCUUUUAUUUGACCAGUAUCUCUGGCGUGUGGGGAAAUUGCAGAGUAGGUCAGUUGCUAAUGUAAGUUCCAAUAUCAAAGGUAUACAUAGAUAGCAUUCUAAUUCUACCGAAUUUAUAACUCAAAAACAUUCACUCAUUUGAGAAACUUAUAUAAUUAUGGUUAAAUAAUAUGAUAUUGGUGUAAUGUAAAGUUUAUUAGUGGUAUAACAGUAGAUAAUAUUACAUUUGCCCAGGACAACUACUGAACUGCCAUCUAUUGGUGGCUAAGUACACCAUGUGAGAGGAUAAAAAUAAAGUGGAAAUGUAGUAAGUGUGAUAGCUUUUUUUAAUUUUAAUUUUAUAUUUUUCAAUGUAGGUAAUGUAAGUUAAUCUCUGCUAGGGUCCAUGUGAGGCAUUCCUGUCUGCUCAAUACUUCAGUGAGUGUGUGCUGA